AUGCGCUCUAUUGACAAUUUCUUUUCCACAGCCUCCUCAUUCCUCCACGUGGACUCCAUUGGCAACUCCCAGAAUAUGUGUUUCUUCCCUGAAUAUGAUAUCUGGCAUCCGGAUAUCAAGAAAGUGUUGACUGCCAAAUUUCCGACGAACAAUUGUGAUAAGAGCUUCAAGCCAUGGACACAACUGGUCAAUUCCACGUGGCGCGUUGUCAACGAGGAGGCGGAGUUGUGUUUGGCGAGAUGCAUCGAGGGAGUCCGUGCGAGUGGAGAAGUGAGAUUCGGCAAGUGGAUGACACCUGGAUACGUGGAUUGUGAAUUCCUGGAAACAGUUUGUUGGGAGAGUGGAGGAGAUGAAGUCUAUGGAUACAUUCAUACACAAAUUACACCAAAACCUCCUACCCCUCCACUACCUCUCCAUAAAUCUCCUCAUCCAAACGUGUUCUUCCUUAUGAUCGACUCGCUGAGCACUGGAAUGGCAAAACGAUCGCUACCAAAGUUUCUGAAAUAUUUCCAGUCAGAAUUCAACGGAAUCCAAUUCCCAUAUGUGAAUAGAGUGGGUGAGAACAGUCAUCCGAAUGGAGUCUCCCUUUGGUUCGGGAAAUCAGUUGAAUCGGGACAAAAAGUGAGUGGAGAGAGGAUAGACGCAGAUUGGAAUGCAGUCGACAAGUGUCAUAGGUAUAUUGAUAAUGAGACACAUUUAUUCAAGCAGUUCAAGGAUCACGGGUAUACGACCCUUCUAACCGAGGAUUCCAUCAAUUUACUAAUGGAUUCUUACCCAUUUUGCAAAGGUUUCUUGGAUAAACCGGUAGAUCACAUGUUCCGCCCAUUUACAUCUGUAUUCGAGAGAGUCGGAAUGGAUAUCACUAGACAACAUUUGGAAGGACACCUUUGUCGGGAGAUUCAUGAAGCUGCAAUGGAGUAUUGGGAGCAGGCAAUGAAUGCUUAUAGAGACCGCCCAUUAUUCACAUUCUCUUGGCUCAUAGACCUCGCCCAUGAGUACCCGGAUGGUCCCGUGAGAUUCGAUAACUACUUGACGCAGUUUUUCAAAAGAAAUCGUGAAAUUCUAGACGAUUCUUUUAUAUUUAUAAGUGGAGAUCAUGGAAUCCGAGUGGGUGAUCACAUUACAUCGGAAAUCGGAUCGUUUGAGAGGAAUAAUCCAUUUCUUGGGAUUUCGGUGCCGAAAAAGUUUCAAGAUGAGAGGAAUGGAAUGUUGGAAGUGAUGAGACUGAAUUCCAACCAAUUACAGACUCAUUUCGAUACGAGGGCAACACUUUUGGAUAUUCUUACGUACCAACCUGGAACCUCCUUCACUGACCGUAAUCCCCUAACGAUUCCCAAUGAAAAAGGACACUCUUUGCUACGGAAACAACCGGAAUCCCCGAGAACUUGUGGUACACUUCCAAUUCCCAAUCAAUACUGUAUUUGUCAGGUUAAGAAGACGAAAGUUAAGGACCAAGACCUUAAAAUGCGUCUCGGCCAGAAAGUUCUGGAUCAUGUACACAUGGAAUUAGACAAAUUGAAUUUCACAUCCAUCUGCCGGAAGUAUGAGUUGAAAGAGACAAUGAUAACGUACAACCAGAAGAUACAUACUGCUACCGUCGCAAAAGUGGUCAGAAUGGAUCGAUAUGGGGGAACUGCAGAGUGCACAGCCAAAAAACACUUUAUCACGUUUUGUAAUUGUAAGGAUCUAGGAGUUGUUACGAAUUUUUUGGAUUAUUUUUAUUCUUUUGUGAUUUAA